ACGUGGUAGGGUGAGGUCGUGCUGUGGUGGGUGAUACACUUUAUUAUAGUUCUAAAUUUACAUGUGUCACGAAGCACUGAGAGAAAUCACAGUAUGUGGAGUACCAGAGAGGAGAUGCUGAAGAAUCAGUCGAGAACAACGAUAACUUCUCAACUUACUCACGCAGACGAAGGCAAUGACGAAGAACUACAUUCACCCUUUGGCUCCCUCCAGCAGGUCUCCUCCAAGGUGAAAUUAUCGUAUCAGCGUCAGUAUGAGCGAGAGUCGGCUGUUGACCGGCGGCAGACGUGGCAGGGCGACCCUUCUGAGGCUACAGACGUAACGAGGGUUAACUCUGACGCUGCAGGAGAAGUGACAACAUCGCUGGGAACUGAUAAUACAGAGAGUAUGACAACACUGUCGGCAGUUGACACUGAAAGAAAAGCAUCACCAGUGUCACAAGUUAACACUUCAGAGAAUUCAGCAGUAAUAUAUGCAGUUGACACUAAAGGAUACGUGACAACAUUGUUUCGAGCAAACAGUACGUUUGUGGUGGACACUGCUGGAAACGUGACGGUCGUGUCAAGAGCCGAUACUUCUGGAAGCGUGGCACCAUCGAUAAGAAGGGACACUACAAGAGAUGUGGCACCACCGAUAAGAGAGAACACUACAGGAGAUGUGGCACCACUUCUGAGAUCUGAUACUUCAAGAGACAUGACAAUGCCGUUGAGAUCUGACAUUCCAAGAGAUGUGGUAUUAGCGGCAAGAACUGACACUAUAAGAGACAUGGCAACACCACUAAGAAGAGAUAUUAGAAGAGACGUGGCAACACCUAUGAGAGCUAACUCUCAAAAAGACAUUACAAUGCUGGUGACAAGUGACGUGACGACACCAUUGAGAUCUGAUAUCUUGAGAGAUGUGGAAACGCCAGUGAGAAGAGACAGUACAAGAUAUGUGACAACUCCGGUAAGAGGUAACAAUGGGAAAGAUGUGUCAACGACAGGGACAGCUGAUACGACAAGAGAGGAAGCAACGCCAGGAAGAGCUGACAGUACAAGAGAAGUGUCGACACCCCCGGGCAGCAUUCACGGCUCCAGAGGAACUUCAGUUGUUGACAUUCGGGAGCUGACGCCUCUGUAUGAUAGAGUGAGGCGGCGGAAGGGACAUCUUCAGAAGGCCAGCCUGCACGCGGCAGCCGCUGACGGGGAUGUAGAGACAAUAAUGAAGCUCCUGGGUGAGGGGGAGCUGGACGUGGACAUCCUCGACCACCGCGAACAAACGCCCCUCCACCUGGCAGCCGGGAGAGGCAACCUCGCUGCCGUCAACCUUCUCUUACAACACGGAUGCCAAGCAAACCGUACAGAUUCAGACAUGAGAACACCCUUACACUGCGCCGUAGAGUCAGGGGAGGUGGAGGUGGUGGCAACUUUGCUGGCGGCUGGUGCGGAGACCGAGGCCACCGAGAAAAGAAGAGGAAGAACCCCCUUACAUCUUGCCACUGUCGCCAACUCUCUUGAUAUUCUCAAGUUGCUGCUUCAGCCGCUCAUAGACAACCCGUGGGAAGGUCGCCGCUCACUCAAGAUGGGCGACAAGGAGGGACGGACGCUUCUGCACCUGUCCGCCAAAAGUAGCUUGAGAGAGGCGACUGAGCUGUUGCUGAGUGCCGGAGCUGAAGUAAACAUCACUGACCACUCCGGCAACACUCCCAUGCACGCCGCCAUACUCGCCAGGCAGCGUGGGAAGGAACGAGUGUGUUGGUCUCUGCUGGAGCUGUUACUGGACGCUGGGGGGGACAUGGCCCCACCUGACGGCACUCCCCUCCUACACGCUGCUGCCAGUGUGAACUGUCUCGAGUGUAUCCGCCUGUUGCUUGCUCGUGGGGCCUCCGUAGACUCUCAGGACCCGGGAGGUCACACGCCCCUCCACAUAGCCGUAGAGAACGACCAGCUGGAGGCCACCAACUUUCUGAUAGACGCGGGGGCGAACGUAGAGGCCCAAGACACGCGUCAUCACCACCGCGCCCUUCACCACGCCAUCCUGGUCGACUCCCCGCGCCUGGUCGAGAGGCUGAUAGAGGUUGGCGCGGAUAAAGGCGUGACAGAUCGAAAUGGGUUGACGUUGUUUCAGUUCACUUUGUUUAAAAGGAGGUACAAGACGCUGGGCGUUCUGGUGAGACUUGGGGUGACUGAGGUUGGAGAGGAGCAGCGCGCUAUACACUACUGUGCCUGCGUCGGCAGCCAGUUGGCCAUGGAAGUGCUUCUUGACAACGAAUAUAACAUCAAUGAAACAGACGGGGAAGGUCGCACCGCCCUGCAUCAUGCCAUCUGCUCAGGGCACGAGCCUCUGGUCCUCUACCUCAUCAACAGCGGCUCCAGCCUCCGGAAAGCCGACAAAACAGGAGCUACGCCCCUCCACUACGCCGUCAGGUGGGGAGGUUCUGACGCUGUCCUCAGAAGACUCGUGAAGAAGGAAGGGAACGUAGCCGCCGUGGACAGACUGGGAAGAACGCCAUUACACUACGCUGCCUGCAAGAGUUCCAUCAUGUCAGACCUUUAUAUCCUUAUCAACAACGGCGCCAAAAUCAACACGACAGACAACAGAGGCCUCACACCCCUUCACUUCGCUGCCAGACUCGGAAACGAAUCCCUGGUCCGUAUCCUUCUAGACAACGACGCCCGCCACGACAUCCGGGACUGUGACGACUUCUUGCCUAUUGACCACGCCAAGGAGAAGGGUCAUAAGUGCAUCAUUAAGAGACUAGAGAAUUAUGCUGUGAAGAAGGAGAGAGAGAAGGAUCCGAGGUUUGGUCUGUACACCAGGAGAAAGGAGGACGAUGAGGAAGAUGCUGGUAGGAAGUUAGCUAUUCAGAGUCGCUAUAAGUUGAGUAUGGCUUGAGGGAGGUUCUUACUGGUGGUGGUGUGGGGCUGUGGUGGUGGUGUGGGGCUGUUGUGGUGGUGUGGGGCUGUGGUGGUGAAAGGUUGUCUUAGCAUCGAAGUAACACUCUGCUGUGGAAAGUAACAGUCUCUCUCUCUCUCUCUCUCUUUCUCUCAUCUCCGUAAGAAAUCUGUAAAAAAUACGUAACUUGCAAAUUGAUGAAACUGAACGAUUUCACGAUUUACAUUCGGUUGAAUAUUUUUAUAAAUGUUCUGUUUUUACACCUUUUAUUUAACACAGACUGUAUCUUAUAUUUAGAUAGAGUAUCAGUAAGGUAGAUAUAUGUGUGUGUGUGUGUAAUAACAGGUCUAUUUAAGGUGUAUCUAUGCCUGAUAAGUAAGCAGUUAAAGGUAUAUACACGUAAUUACUAUUUCUUUCUGUGUGUAUUAAUUAAUGCAUAUCUUCUGUCUCGCGCAUUUUGUAUUUAUUUAUUCUAUUAUUUGUAUUUAAAGUCACAAUAAAAAGAAAGAAAUAU